AAGCUUUACAGAAGCUUCACAGAAGCUUCACAGAAGCUUCACAGAAGCUUCACAGAAGCUUUACAGAAGCUUUACAGAAGCUUCACAGAAGCUUCACAGAAGCUUCACAGAAGCUUUACAGAAGCUUUACAGAAGCUUCACGGAAGCUUCACAGAAGCUUCACAGAAGCUUCACAGAAGCUUUACAGAAGCUUUACAGAAGCUUCACAGAAGCUUCACAGAAGCUUCACAGAAGCUUCACAGAAGCUUUACAGAAGCUUUACAGAAGCUUCACAGAAGCUUCACAGAAGCUUCACAGAAGCUUUACAGAAGCUUUACAGAAGCUUCACAGAAGCUUCACGGAAGCUCUUCCUGA